AUGGCGUCGGUUGUGUCUCAAGUGAAAUCCCAAGUCAGAAACUCCAAUGAAGAGAAAGCAUCUACAAAGCUGACGAUUGUUUCUGGUAUCUUGUUCGUCUUUGGUUGUUCUUUUUACGUGAUUGGAACCACCUUGAACCUUCCAUCUAACAACGCCACGAAUGCUUGGAUGUAUAACGCAAUCGGGGCUGGCGUAUUCACUAUGUGCGGUCUGGUCGAAUAUUUCAACUACAUGGGAGGGUUUCACGUCUUCUUGAUCUUUGCUGGUAUCUUUGGUCUCACGGCUGAAAUCUUGGAUGGACACGGUAAUCCUGUCAGCGUUCAUUUCAACUUUUUGGCCAAUCACAUGUACUUCUGUGAGGCAGUCAAGCUCUACAUUGCUCAUUCGGGAGACUUCUACGCUCAGGCAGUUGCCAACAAAAUCAUCAUGAUCAAGACUCUCCGGUAUGCUGAUAUCUUGUUCCUCUCGGGUACUGUGAUUGAUAUAAUUCUGGCAUGGAUUUAUCUUUUCACCGGUACUCCCAAUAGUGGAGGAGCAAUUGCAAGCAGUAGCAGCACGGGCGGAUCUGGAGGCAGUCUUAAUCUACUCCGAACCGAUGAUCAAAAGAACGCUGAGUUGGCCAGCGCCAGUCUUUGGUUCAUUUGUUCCAUUCUAACUCUGAUGGUCUACAUUCGAAUGGCCAGAGCAGAAACGUCGGCGAAUGGGCGAGAGGAAGUCGGCGACGAAAAGGAUAACACCAACCUGUCCGAAGUUGUCUGA